AUGCAGCUUAUCCCGGUCCACACUGUAUCCCACCUUGAUCUCGACACUGUUCACAAUCCAACCAUUCUUUGCACUGCACGCGUCGCAUGUCGCCAUGGCAUCCCCAAGCUCUUUAUUGCAGACGACUCCUCCAAUAUCAAAGCCUUUGCAGUUGCCAAUGACAACAGUGGCAUUUCUCAGCUAGGCGAAUGGACAUUGCCAACACCAACGGAACAGAUUUACGUGUGCCAAACCGAGUGUUGUAUGGUAUUUGCACGAACACGCGAUGGUGGCGUGUGGCGGAUACGCGUGACCUGUGAGCCAUACGAACAUGUUUCGAAGCGUCCAAGGAUACAAGAUUGUGAGCAAAUAUACAAGCAUCACGAUUAUCUAGUACCGAUACAUUCAUCUCCAACGGGAUUAUUCUACGGGUUGAAUGCGGAUGGAGCAAUAUGUCAUUGCAAGCAAUCGGAUCUCGGGAUGCCUUCGGUAGUGGGUAUGCAUAAAGCACGUUCAUGUGUAACAACAUCAAUUCUUGUUGAUCCCACUCAGCUGUCAGAGCCAUUCUUGAUGCAUCUUGGUUUACCAAAAGAUUGCCUUACAUUGCUCUUUGGACAUGAGAAUGGUGACUUGACAGGCAGCACGGUACAAGGACAAGAGAUCCAAUUUGCAGCUUUACCUGAAGAACCCAUUUCUGCCAUUUAUCUUUUACAUUUGAUCAACGACGCAGUUUACGACGCUAUGGUUGUGCUUGGGCGUUAUGGAACAGUUCAAUUAUAUCUUGAAACCAGUGAUGGGCGCUUGAUCUUUAAGGAAUUCCUUAUCCCGGCCCCUGUGCUUGCAUCUUGUUCGGUUUUUGAACGAUCCUUGUUGGUCAGCUUGAAGAACCAAGUCCAUUUCAUUGAAUUCACUUAUUCCAGUCAGCAAGAACCAGACAACAUUGUGCUAAAAUCGACUCGACUGAAUACGUUGCAAGAUAUCACGCAUAUCCAUGACAUCCAUCACGAGGCUUCAACUUAUCAGCUACUGCUCGUCAAAGACAAUUCUCAAUUGAUUCAAGCAUCAUGUGACUUUGGGGCAAGGAUCGAGGCCAAACAAGACUCUGAGCUUCUUGAGCAGACGAUUUCAAACAUCCUGGAUGAGCUUUCGGAUUACGAAAAGGCCAAAAAGGAAAUGGAUAGUCAUGUUGAGCUUUUAAAUGAGAGAUUGAUUGCUAUGAAUCGAAUCAUCUACGGCCUGCAGCGGAUCAAGGGUCAAAAGACGAGGUUACAGCUUGAGAAGGAUGAUGAUUCUUCACCAUUCCAAUGCGACUUGCAACCAAUAAUUGUACCAGAUUCGAGGCGUCUUUUUAUGAAAUCAGCGGCCUGCUUACGACUUCGUAUUCGUGCAUUGAUCCCGAUGGAUUGGUCUCAAUGGAGCUUACAUGUCAAUAUGUGCCAUCAACGCACAUCGCUACGACAAGUGACUACACCAUGUACCCAAGAGCAAGAUUCAGUGGAUGGGACCACCUUGAUUGUACCUCUGGCAGGGCUCACGGAUCAUCACGUGUGGGAGCAAGAUAUUCCUGUGGACAUUGCAUCUCUUCGUUUACCGCUUUCAGUAUCCAUGCACCUAUCCACGCAUCUCAAUCUUUCAAUCCCUCCAAUUCACAAUGCGCAUGAAUCAUCACAGGCGGACUCUCAAUCGAACAGGGAGAUGACCAAGCAGUUUACGUUUCCGUUGUCAGACUUUGAUUUGGAUGACUUGCAUUUCAUAUCGCCAUGCACGGAUGAUGCGCUCAAGAUGCUAAAAAGGUCUGGUGUCCCUGGUGCGACUGCUCGUCUUUGCGAACAACAAGCCAUUCGAAAAACGCUUGACAACUCCAAUCAGUACCCAUUAGCACGGCUGGAAGGCCCAUCUUUUGACAAGCUAACGAUGGAUAAAUACGAAUCAGCAUCCUUACGUUUCCUCGUAAAGCCUCGCAAUGAUAGCACCGUCGAUGAAACUUGCAAUCAUAUUCUGGAGACCUUUUUAAGUGAAGCUCGAUCAAGGAACGAGCUUGACAAGAUCUUGGAUACCCCACAUCAAGCCUUUUUUACUCUUCUAUCUUAUCCUGAAUAUCCAGUCAGCUUACGCCUUUCAAGAGAUUCUUCAUCCCCGAUAUCCAUCACGAUUCAUAUUCAUUGUCUGAACCCGGUAGUCAUGCUCAAGGUCGAAUCAUCAUUAUUGGCCCGAUCACGUGAGUUCAUGGUUGACAACGAGGACACAGAUGCCCUACUCGAUCAAGCCCAACACGCUUUCGUGAUAGCAGCACAAGAUCUCGAAGAAAAAUUUCGUGUGGGUUAUCCUCAGCAUGAAUUCUGGAACUCGCUAAAAACGACAAUGAUACAGCUACGUAAGAUUUAUAGUAAUGCUAUCCUUGGAACGCUUUGCUUGUAA